AUGUCGGACCCCUCCAAGUCAUCCAACGUGGAGGCCAAUACAGUUCCCCCACCAUGCCCUGAAGCCUCUAUAAGCGACUCCAGGCUGCCCGGUGCAGCGCGCAUGAAGGCCCUGUACUCUUCGCUUACAGUUGUUGAACGAAUUGCGAUCUUCUCCAGCGUCUUCGUCAUUGGUUUCGCUUAUGGCCUUGACAAUCUGCUGCGGGGCACAUACGAACCAUAUGCCACUUCCUCCUUUGGCGAGCAUUCCCUCCUCUCGACCAUCAAUGUGAUCCUCUCCGUUGUUGCCGCUGUUUCGCAGCCGACGGCGGCCAAGAUCGCCGAUAUCUUCGGUCGAGUGGAGUUAGUGACAUUUUCCGUCUUCCUCUACGUGAUCGGUACUGUCGUUGAGGCUGUCGCAAAGAACGUAUCCACGUAUGCCGGUGGUAGCGUCAUAUUCCAGGUCGGUCAGAGCAUGAUCAAGGCGCUUAACUCAAUCAUUGUUUCCGACCUCACUUCGACCCGUUCGCGGCUUUUCUUCAGCUAUACUCCUAUCGCGCCAGCCCUUAUCACCACAUGGGUUAGCGGCAACAUUGCCAAUGCUGUCCUUUCCGCUACCGACUGGCACUGGGGCAUCGGGAUGUGGUGCAUCAUUUAUCCCGUUUCUGCGCUUCCUCUCAUAACCAGCCUCUGGGCUGUCACCCGGCGGGUCAAAAAGCAGGGCACCUUGGAGAAAUCCAGUACCCCACUUCAAGCCCUCGGCCCAAAAGACUUUAUAGUUGAACUUUUUUGGAUGCUUGAUAUCAUCGGAAUCAUCCUCCUCGUUGCCAUCUUGGCCCUUCUUCUUGCGCCACUUACCAUCGCUGGGGGCGCCCAGUCCCAAUGGAAGAGCGCCCAUAUUAUUGCGCCUCUCGUUGUGAGCGCCUUUUGUGUUCCAGUCUUUAUCUACUGGGAACUCAGGGCUCCUCGUCCCUUGAUUCCCAUGACUCUGAUGAAAGACCGAGCCGUCUGGGCUCCAUUGGGGAUUGCCAUAUCCCGGAAUAUUGGGUACCAUCUGCAGGCCAAUUACCUUUAUACGAUCCUUGUCGUGGCAUUCGACUUUGACGUCACCGCCGCGACCCGUAUCUCCUCUCUCUUUUCCUUCGUCCAGGUUGUAGUCGGCCCCCUCCUCGGCUUGGUCGUCUUCCGGGUCCGGCGGCUCAAGGUCUUUAUCCUUAGCGGGACCGUCAUUUACAUGGUCGGGUUCGGCCUACUCAUCCGAUACCGCGGGUCUCUUACUGGCAACAGCAAGGUCGGCGUCGUUGCAGGCCAAGUGCUCCUAGGUUUCGGCAGCGCGCUAUUCUCAUGGCCAGCUCAGGCGUCGAUGCAAGCUCACAUCAAGCACGAGCACCUCGCCGUUAUGACAGGCACGUUUCUGGCUUCAUACAACGUCGGGUCUGCCAUUGGAAACACAAUCUCCGGAGCAAUCUGGACCCAGCUCCUACCAUCCUCGCUCCAUCACGAACUCGGUGGUAUCAACUCCCUCCUGGCCACCUCCGCUUACAAGGAUCCAUUUACCGCGAUCGCCCAAUGGCCCAUGGGUACACCUGAACGCAUGGCUAUUGUUCGCUCCUACCAGUACAUCCAGCACCGUAUCACCGUCACUGGUAUCUGUCUCUGCGUGCCGAUCAUGGCGUUUGCCUUGGCCGUGCGCGACCCCAAACUCAACGACGAGCAAACUCUAGUUAUCGAUGAUGAUCUGCCCUAUCAAACGGGGUUGUCAGAACCUCUGCCACAGCCAAAGAUAGGCUACCGAGAGCCGACCAAGUCCCCAGCAGCUGUACACUAG